UACCCACUGUUCGUUUCUCAUCGAUUCCAAUACUACAGGAACCGCAUUCUCCUCUCUCUCUCUCUCUCUCUUCCUCUGUAAGAGAAUUUCAAUGGCGAUUUCUAUAUCGGCGGCCACAAUUAGGCCGUUGAACUCGGACCACUCGGCCCGUUCAUCUUCGUCGUCGUCGUCUUCUUCGAAGCUCUCUUUCUCGUCUUCGCUGCAAUUCCCUCGGCGCAUCCGAAUCGGAAUCCAAGGGUUUUCGCCUCGAUCACGACGUCGGAUUCUUCCUCGGGUUGAAGCCAAGAAGCAGACUUUUUCUUCUUUUGAUGAUUUGCUGUCGAAUUCCGACAAACCUGUAUUGGUUGAUUUCUAUGCAACUUGGUGUGGUCCUUGUCAAUUCAUGGCUCCUAUACUGAACGAAGUUAGCGCCUCAAUGAAAGAUAAGAUCCAGGUGGUCAAAAUUGAUACGGAGAAAUACCCAAGUAUUGCUGACAAGUAUAAAAUAGAGGCUUUGCCUACUUUCAUCAUAUUUAAGGAUGGCAAACCCUAUGAUCGCUUCGAGGGAGCUUUGACUGCAAACCAGCUCAUUGAACGUAUUGAGUCUACAUUAAAAGUGAAGCAGUAGUUCUUUCUGGUUCGAAUGGGAAAUCAUGUCCUGAUCUAGCAAAUUCAACUGGAAUGCCUACCCGCUGGCUGAGGAAUGAGCAUGAUUUUUCGCUCUUCUCCCCUCCCUCGCAAAAUAUUCGGUGUUCGUUGUUCCUUCGAAAUGCCAUAGUAGUUGUUCAUGUUGUGACAGCUAUGUAGAUCAAGUCAAUCAAUUCGGACAGCAGAUUGGUUUCACCGUUUGUUUGCAUAGCCAUCGAGUAGGCCAUUAGAAAGUUACUGAAAACAUGUGAUUUUAUCUUUAAUUUUGUUCUGAGGUAAGCUGUAUGUUUCUGGGUAGUUGAGGAUCCUCAACAAUUAUGUUCCAAAUACAUUUUGCCUAUAUCGACAACAAAUACAUUUGCCUA